CAGGACUUCACCUCCUCCUCCUCCCCCUUCUUCUCCUACUCUCUCCCCCUCUGCGACAUCAUACACUCGUUCCGCUCGUCGAGUGUCAACUCACAAGUCCCCCUUCCCCUCUCCCCUCCGCCUCCUCUACCCCUCCUCUCCUUCUCUCUCUCUCUCUCUCCUCUCUCCCUCCCCCUCCCCCUCUCUCUCUCUCUCCUUCUCCCAUCCCAUACAACAACACUCCCUCUUCACACGGGCAGAGAGCGAAGACGAGAAAGACUCGAACAGUUCACGUCUCGUCUCGUCUCGUCUCGUAUUCCCCAUCCCCACUCCCCACAGCUGCUUCACAACCUUCAGUCUCAGGACAUUCAGUCGCGAUCGCGUGGCAGGACACCGAUCGUCACUCACUCACUCGCUCACUCUCGUGCUCGCUCUUCUUCUGUCUGUCUCCCUCGCCACGCUUCUGUCUAUCUGACGACCUCUCUCUUUCUAUCUCCCUCUAUCUCUCCGACUUCCCGUGCCAGUGAGCUGCCUGCCUGCGGUCCUCGCACUGAUCAAACUGAACUCACUGACUCAGACACUCCCGCAGUCGGUUGGUGAUGCUGCCGUGUCCUGGUCGAUCAUCGAACUCGCCACUGAGUCACGGCUGCCAUUCUCGACGACUGCUUCCUGCUCAACUCCACGAGCGUCAGCUGGAAUCAGCGAGUCCCGCAGCGCGCACUGGGCUGCCUUGGCUCACUGAAUUUUUUGAUCAGCUGGAAGCUCCAUGAGCAGACUCCCGAGGCGGACUUGAGACAUAUCGCCAUACUGUACUAUCUCUGCAGGCGGAGUGUUUUGUAUAUGUACAUCUUGCGCUCUGUCUGAUCAGGCUCAUACUCGGCUGGCUCAGCUGCGGCAGCAGCAGCCGUGUCCGUCGCAAUCGCGCUAUUAUUUCUGUAUAUAACAUUCAAAAAAAUAUUUUCUCAACCGAUUCUACUGCAAUCUUCUAAAUAGACACCCAUUCAACCUCUGUAUAUAACAAUUUAUCGAUUCUUGAAUAUCCAAGACUAACAUUUUACCACGAGCGCGCCCGCGACUAAACGAACGAGCUCCCUGGGAGGUCACAUGGCUGCCUACGUUUUAUGAACUGCUCGACCACCAUCUGCGAGGAGAAUCCCGGGCGAGGAUGGCUCCCAGUAUCGAUUGCCCAGCUUCCUUGUACUGCAGCGAAGACGUGAGUGGAAAUGGAUGGGAUGAAGACGGCAACGUUUUCUGCGAGGACUUGAGCAGUGACCUGAGCGAAGUGCUACAUCCGGCUCUGCAUAGCACCAUUCAGUUUCCAGUGAGAAAUGAGCAGGCCAUUGCAGCUCUCGUUGAGAAAGAAGCUCGCCACAUGCCCGAGCCGGACUACUUGGACCGAUUCAUUUGCAAGAACCUCGACCUUAAUGUGCGACAGACUCUGGUUAACUGGCUCCUCAAGGUUCAGGUCUACCACAAUUUCGGCGCUCUGUCCAUUUCGCUCGCUGUCAACUACCUGGACCGCUUUCUAUCUCGCCAUGAAUUGCCUGAUGAAAGCGAGUGGAAGGUGCAACUGCUGGCCGUGGCAUGCAUGUCUCUAGCUGCGAAGAUGGAGGAGACCGAGGUCCCGUUCCUCUUGGAUCUUCAGGUCGGGGAUGUCACGCACUACUUCGAAGCACGCACCGUGCAACGGAUGGAGCUCCUCGUCUUGAGUACAUUGGAAUGGAGAAUGAGCGCAAUCACUCCGUUCUCGUACAUUGACUACUACUUCGCCAAGCUCGGAAUAGACAACACGAUUGUCAGAUCGCUGCUGCUCCGAGUGAUUGACCUCCUUCUGGGAACUCUCAGAGAUGUAAAUUUCCUUGCCUUCCGACCAUCAGUCAUCGCUGCGGCCGCCGUUCUCAGCGCCCUUGACGAACACGUCCCCAUUCAGGGCGAAGCCUACAAGAAGAUACUGUGCGAGACAUGCAACUCGGCGGAGCUAGAGCGAUGCCUCUUCAUCAUGCAGGACGUUCUGGUCGAGGUUUCCCCUCAGAGAUUCUUUAAGCGGCGGACUUUUAACACAUCUUCAGUACCCCAGAGUCCCGUGGGAGUACUGGAAGCUGCAUCGUACAGCUGCGCCAGUGAUGGUGCUCAAUCCUGCGAGGCUAGCCCCAGCAGCGUGAGCUCCAACACUGCAUCAGCUCCCAAGCGACGUCGUCUCGACGGCCUGUGCAGCAGCCUUUUUACAUUCGAAGCACUAUAGAAUCGCCCCUUUGAGCUACAAUAGCACAGCAUUCGGAGGAGUUGCCGCAAUUUUUAAGACAAAUGUGGAUAGAAUAAUUCAACCAGGCGACCAUCUCAACCUUAUAAUUAGACGAUAAACAAAGCUGGAGGCAGUAGUCGUGACUUGAUUGAGCAAUUAGGAAGAGGAUUCAGCGGAUCAAGACUUAAAGAGGUUUCGUUCCCUUCGGGGUUAAGGUAGACGAGGAUAUAGUGUAUGGUGGAUACUUGAAACACCAAUAACAAACUGUUAAACGAUUAUUUCUGGUCAGAUAUCCCGCAAUGCGUUCCGCAUUGUUGACCAUUUUUUGGUAAAGCAUCCCUGUUCGUUUACUCCC